AAUGUGAGGGGUUUUGGUUAUAUUUCUGGAUGUUUAGAUGAAAAGUGAGUUGCAAUCGGAAGAGAUGACUCUUGUGCUUGGGGCUACAAAAGUCGAUAUGAUGGUAGGAUUGAAGCACAGAGAAGCGCUUCUUUGCGAAAUGAAAUUAGAGGAAACAGAGGAUGAAUUGACUGAUUUCAGAGUCUGGUUUAACAUCCUCAGUAAAAGUUCAAAAGAUAUUUCUCAAAGGGAAACCAUAGAAACCCAAAAAGGAAUGUCGGGAGAAAAGAGUUCUCAAGCCACUGCACUUAUGGCAGAGAAUAAGUUUGCGUGGAAUCAGUUUAAUGUUCUGGAAAGCCAGUACACGGAUAAAUUAAACAUCAAGCAGUCUGAACUUGAAAAGGUUAACCAGAGAAUCGAGGCACUAAUUUCUGAUAUGGAGGAGCUGAGAUCAUCUAAUGCUGAAAAGGAUGGAAUAAUUGAGAGAUUAAAAGCUGAGUUGUCUCAGAAGGAUGCUGACGCAAGUAGAUUCCAAGAGGCUUCUAAAAUUUCUCAGGAUAUAGACUUGUCAAGGAAGUCCGCAACAGCUUCGAGUACACCUCUACUAAAACGUUGCACAGCAGGCCGAAAAACUUCCGUUCUCGGAGGUAAGAAUGGAAGCAGGGAUAGAUGCAACAUUAUUGCGCGGAAAGAAAACUCUGCCCCUCAUGUAUAUGAUCUUCAGAAGAACAAUGAAAAGGGAAGCAGAAGCACGAAGAGAAAAAAAGGAUGAUGCUAUACCUCUUGCUGAAACUCCGAUAUUGUUCACUUCUACAUUCAAAGUUCCC